GAAAAAGGCGGGAGGAGGCCUGGUGCACGCAGGCUUCCUGCUGUUCGCCCAUCCACCGAUUGCGAGGCAGCGAUGCCGAAAGUACCUGCCGGCAUGGUAGACAAGGCAGGAGGCUAUGCGGCAGAAGGCGAUGAUGAUAAGUCCGACCUCAAACGCGUCCGCGGCUGGUCCGUUAUCACUGCCGGAUUUUGCCUCGAGCUCAUCGGGGCGGGGCUAUCCUUCCCAGUUCUCCCGUACUUCGCGCUUCAAGAUCUGGGUGGCAAGGCGACUCACCUGGGGAUGAUGGCCGGCUUCUUCUCUCUCAGCCAGGCGGUCGGUGCAGGCGUGUUCGGCGCACUCUCGGACGCCAUCGGGCGCAAGCCGCUCAUUCUCAAUGCGUUCGUUAUUGCGGGCUGUGGAUGGCUGCUGACCAGCCUUGCCCCUUCUAUCAAUUGGCUGAUCGCCGCUCGGGGUCUGGCGGGCAUCUCGGGCGGAUCCAUACCCUUCAUGCAAGGUGAGUGAGAUGGGAGAGAGGUGGGCCAGCUGCGUUGUGUCUGCGGUCUGAUGGUGUUCUGUGGGGGUGUGUGUGCAGCGAUCACGUGUGACAUGUCUGUUGCCACUGACCGUGCGAGCAUGCUUGCCCUGGUCGGUGCUUCAGUCGGCCUCGCCACCAUCAUCGGCCCCGCGGCCGCGGCGCUGCUCGAAGCAUACCUCGGCCUCAACAGACGGCUCAUUCUCGCCGCAUCCGGUGGCUUCGGGCUCACGGCGUUCCUCAUCGGCUACUGGUUCUUUGUCGAAUCCCACCCACAGGAGCGGAGAAGGCGCCAGCAGUCGCUCUAUAACAACAAUAGCAAUAAGACAUUGGCACCAUAUGACGAUGCAGAGGCGGCCAUCCCUCUGUGUGGCGGGAGGGGUGCCUGGGAGGGCAUCAGCUGCGUGGGGGUGUCCCUGUGCUGCCUGGGGAAGCUCCUGACCAUGCUGUGUUUCGCUGUGAUGCCUGCCACUUACCCGGCGCUUCUGCGGGACUCCUUCGGGUUUGGAGAUAUUGAGCUAGGCCUUAUAUUAUUCUUCGGAGGCGUUGUAGGAGCUAUGACACAGGUGCGCUGCACACGCACACGCACACACACACACACACACACACACAGACCCUUGCCCAUGUGUGUCCGUCUCGCCCUCUCCCUCUUUGUGCAGCUGUGUGUUCUCACCCAUCUGAUGCACAUCGCCGGCCCUCACGGCCUCGUAGUCAUCGGCGCCACCCUACUCGGCUUCGGCCUGGCGCUCGAGCCGCCCCUGGCAGCAGCCCUGGGCUUCCAGGCCCACCUGAUGGCCGUGCUGGCCUUCUCUGUGGGCGUGGCCAUCCUGCUGCCCGGGUUCGCCAAUCUCGUGUCGCUAUACUCCACGGAAGCUCAUCAGGGAUGGGCGCAAGGUCAGAGAGAGAUGGGGAUGGAUGGAUGGCCGACAGACGCGUCAUGGUCUUGUUGUUCAUGUUCAUGCAGGUAUCCUGAAUUCAUCCCGUGCGUGUGCCCUCAUUCUCGGGUACAUGUGUGCGGGGGUGCUGUACGACAAGCUAGGGCCCACCUGGCCGUAUCUCUUGGGCGGGGUCAUGGCCCUCUGCGGCGGGGCGGCGGCAUACGCCGCCCACCUCCUGGCCACCCCAGUCGUAGCUAUCGAAAGCAUCGAGAAGAAGAGCUCUAAGGUGCGCAGAUAUCCGCACCGGCAACAUGAGCGUUGACACAUACGUGAGUUGUGUGUGUCAGGGUGUGGCGACGGUGGCUCGCCGCGUCAUGAAGGCGCACGGGCUGUGCCGAUGCUGAGUCUCUCUCUGCCCUUGUCUGUCUGUCUGUCUGUCUGCCUGUCGUCGGCCAUCGAUCGAUCCGCCAUGUAGAUCAUAAGGAGCUGAUAGUGUGUGCAUAUUGAUUUUUCGGCUGCCUUGCUUGCUUGCUUUCGCAGAGAGAUUUCUGCUUCGUGUGGGAUGGAUGUGUACAGCCGCAUUUGUCACUGUGUGGGGCUGUUGAUAGGGAGGGGGCUGGUCUAGGGCGCUUGGGCGGGGCGUGAGCCAUUUGCUUGGACUGAGAGGACCUCAGCGCUGUACAGGGUCGUUGCUUCGGACAAACUCACUAUCAACACAGACACAGAGAGACAAUCGGUGUUCCCUCUCCCUUUCGAUCGGUGUUCC